AUGUCGGGCAGAAGCGCUCGACGGCGCGACGACUCAUUGUCGUCAACCGGCCACCUGUUGCCGGGCUUCCAGACACGUCGACGCUCCGAGGCCGCGGCCGCGGCCGCCCGACCGGCCGGCGACUCGGAAGUGGAGCACAAUCAGACGCCGGCCUCCAACGACCUCACGCUGUACGGCAUCGUCACGCUCGUCUGUAUCUCGGUCACUCUCUCGUUGUUCAUGCUCAUCCUCAUUGUCUACCUGCGCCGGCGACAGGAGAAGGAGCCGUCGGGGAGGCUGAGCGCCGCCUCGGCACCGACCGAGAGUGAGGCAGACGCCGAGGCCAUGACGACAAACGCCAAGAAUGAGGCUUCACUGGGAUUCUUUCUGGAGCACGGACGCCUUGGCGACGCACUCGGCGGGUUCACGCUGCCCAAGCGACAAAUGUCACCGGCCGGGCUGAUGAGUCGAGCUGACACGCCACAGACGCGCUCGGCUACUCUCAUCUCGUUGGCAACACCGAAUGGCCUGUUUUUCGCUCAGUCUCGUCCAGAAGAGUUGAUGGAGCUGAAGAGUAAGCAUGCGUUUUACACUUGCCCUUUUUGCCAAAUCUUCUUCAUCUCGUCGGAGUCUCUACGACUGGCGCGAGAGUGA